AUGGUCGCUGUGCUAGUCUGGGCUUUGAAGGUCGGUUGCUACUACGCCUUUAUAACGUGCGACACUGCCCCCGGCGUUUGGCCUAAGAAUAAGCCGACUGUCAUCGCCUAUCACCCUCCGGUCUCGACUCCUUCUAGUACUCCUACCAGUUCUGUUGGAGUGAGCUCCGCUACCGUCGCUACCUCUACCCCUGUUGGCAGUUCGCCUAGCACAGUUGCACCGAGCACUACUUCUGGAGUAUCCACCUUCGUUACUUUCACCUCGUCGGGCUCAAUCCCGUCCGACACUGCUUCAGGAUCAGUGAUCGUCACUGUCCCAUCCGGCUCUUCCAGCGUCCCUACUCAGAGUGGGUCGUCGUCUGUCUCAUCGGGCUCCGCUUCCAGCUCUGCUGUUUCGCCUUCCGGAAGUCCUUCGGUCAGCUCAUUCGCCUCGUCCGCUGUUUCCAGCAGCCCGGCUUCUUCAGUCGUUUCUUCUUCGGCUGUUUCGUCUGCACCUGUUUCCACAAGUGCUUCUGUGACUACUCCUAGAAUGUCGUCCACAGCUAUCUCACUCUCGGCUUCUCCCUCUGCCAGCCCGCUCAACCACGCUGCUGUUGCAGCCGACAUUCUCGUCAUUGCUAGAGAUGCUGCCUCUGCAGGUGUGGCCAGCUCCGGGCUCAACGGAUACGGUAUCCCAUUCACGACUCUGAUUGUUCCCUCUGCUGGUGUCGCUCUUCCCGACCUCAAUGGCACCGCUGGAGGGAACUUUGGUGGUAUUGUCGUUGCCUCUGAAGUCAGCUAUGAGUAUGGUGGUGACUUAGGCUUCCAGAGUGCCCUGACCACAGAUCAGUGGAACCAGUUAUAUGCUUACCAGCUUGAAUAUGGUGUCCGUAUGGUCCAAUACGAUGUCUACCCAGGUCCCAAGUUUGGCACAUCUGCUAUCGGUGGAUGUUGUGACGACGGCGUCGAGCAGCUUGUUUCAUUCACUGAUAUUAGUGAUUUCCCAACAUCUGGAUUGAAGACUGGCGCAGGUGUCAGCACCAGUGGUCUGUGGCACUAUCCUGCGACUAUCAGUAACACCACCUCUACCAAGCAGAUCGCCGCGUUUGCCCCCACCACAGGCUUCACUACUGAGAGUGCCGCUGGUGUGAUUAACAACUUCGAUGGCCGUCAGCAGAUGGCCUUCUUCAUUGGUUUCGACACUACUUGGAGUGCUACAUCCAGCUACCUGCAGCACGCAUGGAUCACCUGGAUCACCCGCGGCCUGUACGCUGGGUACCGCCGUGUCAACCUGAACACCCAGAUUGAUGACAUGUUCCUCGAGACUGAAAUUUACUCACCCGCUGGUAAAAACUUCCGUAUUCGUGCCCAGGAUAUGAGCAAUAUUGCCAGCUGGACUGAUGAGAUCAACGCCAAGAUGCCCGCCGGCAGUUCUUACUUCGUCGAAGUUGGCCACAACGGUAACGGAAACAUUGAGAACUCUUCUGAUACUUCGGAUUCCGGCUGGGAUGCUUGUGGAUCUGCUAUCGAAUACGAUUCGCCUCCUGACACUGAGCCCGAAUGGAUGAAGCCCCUUGGAACUGGCACUGACCUGUGGCCCGCCGAACCCACUACUUACGACUGGACUGCUACUUGCACUGCAAUGGAUGAGCUCCUGGCCUGGUGGACUACCGAAAGCAACCUCAACAAGUUCGGUCACAUUUCCCACACCUUCUCACACGAGGAGCAGAAUAAUGCCACCUACAGCGAUGUCUACAAGGAGAUCAGCUUCAACCAGGCUUGGCUUAAGGCCGUCGGUAUCGACAAGGCCACCAAGUUCACUUCCAACGGUAUCAUUCCUCCUGCCAUCACCGGCCUGCACAAUGGCGAUGCCCUUCGAGCCUGGUGGGAGAACGGCAUCACUAACUGUGUUGGUGACAACACCCGCCCUGCCCUUCUAAACAAGGAGAAUGCCAUGUGGCCUCUCUUUACAACUGUUGCCGCCAACGGUUUCGAGGGUAUGCAGAUCAACCCUCGCUGGGCCUCUCGCAUCUACUAUAACUGCGACACUCCCGCCUGUACCGUUGCGGAAUGGAUCGCCACCUCUGCUGGCUCCGGUACCUUCCAGGACCUCCUGGCCAUCGAGAAGGGUGAGACCAUGCGUCACCUCUUCGGCCUCUACCACGACGGUUACAUGUUCCACCAGGCCAACCUGCGCAACGUUGAUGUUGACCCGAUCACCAUCAACGGUGUGUCUGAAAAGUACUCCAUUAUGCAAGCUUGGGUGGAGGUCCAGGUUCAGGAGUUCGUCCGUCUGGCUGAAUGGCCCAUCAUCACACUCACCCACCAGGAGAUGUCCGCUGCCUUCCUUGCUCGUUUCAACCGUGACAAGUGCGGCUACUCUCUGAGAUACGCCACCAGCAACCAGAAGAUCACCGCAGUCACUGUCUCUGCCACUGGCGAUACCUGCACUGAACCCAUCCCACUGACCUUCCCUGUCGCUCCUAUCAGCACCCAAGGCUUCGCCACCGAGCAGCUAGGCGCUGAUCCCCUCACCGUCUGGGUCAAGCUCUCUGGCUCCCCUGUCACAUUCACUCUGUCCACUCCUAUUUCCCUUUAA